GCACAAUGGCACUGAGCACACAGACCCGGGCCACCUGCCUUCUGCUCCUUGUCCUGCUCAGCCUGACCAGCGGCUCUGUUCUCCCUCCCCAGACACGACAGCUCACAGACCUCCAAACUCAGCACACAGCUGGAGCAGCAUCUGGCUUGACGCCUGUGCUCCAGAGGCAGAGACGAGACACCCACUUUCCCAUCUGCAUCUUCUGCUGCGGCUGCUGUCGUAAAGGCACGUGUGGGAUGUGCUGCAGGACAUAG